CCCAAUAAAAAUGUGCCACGUGUUCCUACUCCCUCUCUCUUCUUAAAGAAAACCCCCAAAAAUUCUCCAUCUCUUGUUCUUCUUUCCUCCAACGAGCAAAAAGCAAACCCAUCCAAUCAGAGGAAGGAAUGAAUGGAUCUCCUCUCCUGCCCGCCUCUUCAUUCAUCUGGACCGAGCCCCAGGCUGAUUUUGGAUGAGGAUGGUGAGGGCUCACCGGAGAAAGGAGCGUCGGCGGCUUCAACUGCCGCCGGCGAUAAGGUAGUCGGCGACUUCAACUGCCGCCGGCGAUAAGGUAGUCGGC